AUGGGGCGUUCUGCUUCUCCUGUCGCCCGUCGGCGCUCGCGUAGUCCUGCUGCAGCAGGAGAUCGGCACAGGCGGCGCCACCGCCGCAGCCGCAGCAGCAGCAACGGCAGCCGCCGCGACAACAGGAAGCAUCAUAGACGCAGCAGCAGCGGGAGUGUGGGGCGUCGUCGUAGGGAUCGUGGUUCGCCUCGUGUGCGUAGCAGCGGGGGAGCAGGAGGAGGAGGCGGCCAUGGUGGUGGCAGCAGCAGCAGCAAGCACCACAGACGUCGCAGCAGGAGCCGCAGCAGCAGCAGCAGCAUGAGACACCGCAGGAGGCCUGUUAGCCGCAGCAGGAGCAGCAGCAGAUAUAGACGUCCUGUACGUCGUUCCCCUUCAGUGCAGCGUCCUGUUGUUGCUGAUGCAGCAAGACAGUUUGCUGCUGCAACAGGUGGUCGUACACCCUACGGUGUAGGCAGUAGCAGCAGCAACAGGCAGCAGAACGGAUCUGCUGCUGCUGCUGCUCCUACCCCUGUUUCCUAUGGAUAUGGUCUCAGGAUUUAUCAUUUAUAUUUCGGGAUUGAUUUUUCAGGGUUUAGGGAGGGGCAGCAGGAGGGGAUUGUGGCUUUUAUCGUCUCGUUGCCCUGCGUGUAUGCAUGGAUGGAUACCCGUCUUCGAGAGAUUUGUUAUUUAAUAAAAGAUGUUUGUGCAGAGGCAAGAGACAGAAGAGCUUUAUGGCAAUUUAGGCUCUGUUAUCCAGACAAGGAGGGCCAGAAUGUAUUCGCUGAUGUUGGUUUGCUGCACUCAAUCAUUCCCGAUCCAAAGGAGGACUCGCGAACCCUAGCGGAUGUAAAAUUUCAAGUCGGCGACUUUUUAGUACUCUCUAUACUAAGGAAGCCAAGCAAAAAUAGCAAGAAAUUGGCGCCACACCCGGACCCUAAAUUGCGCAUGCAGGAGGGGUGGAUAUACACCCCAAGGCCUACAGUAUUACAUCAGCCAUUGCCACAGAUUGCUGCUGCUGCACCUACUGGUGCAGCAGCAGCAGGUGCAGCUGGUGCAACAGGUGGUGCUGGUGGUGGUGCUGCUGCUGCUGCAGAGGGGAAGGGAAGCAGCAGCAAUGCUGCAGCAGAAGAAGCAGCAGAGAAUGGUAAUAAUGCACAUAAGGAAGAUAAUGAUAUGUUAGUUGAUAGGGAAUCUGCUGCUCCUGCUGCUGAUGUUGCUGCUGCUGCUGCUGAUUCUGCUGCUGCUGAUGUUGCUGCUCCUAAAGAAGGUGCAUCAGCAGCAGCAGAUCAAGACAGCAGCAAAAUAGCUGCUGCGGUGGCUCCAUCAGAGGAUGCUGCUGCUGCUGCAGCAAGCGAGCAGCAGCAGCAGGAAAAGGUGCUGCAGCGCCAGCAGUCUGAUGAUCGUCGGGAAGAUAUGCAGCAAGACGAAGAACAACAACAACAGCAGCAGCAGCAGCAGCAAGAGGAGGAGCAGCAGCAGGCAGAUGAAGAUGGAGAGCAGCAAGAGCAGCAGCAGGGGGAACACGAGUCGCCAAGAGAGGAGCAACAUGAAGAAGCAGGAGCUGCUGUUGAUACUAGCCAUAAGAGCAGCAGCAAAAAGGAGAAGGCAGUUGUAGCAGAGAGCAGCAGCAGCAGCAGCAAGAAGUCUAAAGCAGCAGCUGCAGAGAGCAGUAGCAGCAGCAGCAGCAAGAAGGACGAGGGAGCAAAGGGAGAAGAACAAACAACUAAGCGACGCUCAGCAAGGCUCGCCAAAGACAAGAAGUAA